AUGGGGAUGGGGGUGGGAGGAGGGGAGGGUGCUCCGGUGGCGCCGGCGGUGGUGGAGGAGGCAGGGAAGGGGGAGAAGGAGGAAGGGGAGGAGGAGGAGGAGGGGGGCAGCUGGGGGUGGCGCGCGAGGUCGAAGCUGAGCGCGGCGCUGGCGGCGCUGUGGGUGGUGCUGGUGGUGACCGGGGUGACGGCGCUGCACCGCAGCCUCCGCCACGGCGCGCUGGUCAAGGCCGAGGAGGGCAUCGUGUGCAUGUGCGAGGAGCGCGCGCGCAUGCUGCAGGACCAGUUCGCCGUCUCCGUCAACCACGUCCACGCCCUCGCCAUCCUCGUCGCCACCUUCCACUACGAGAAGCAGCCGCCCGCGCUCGACCAGGACACCUUCGCGGACUACACGGCGCGGACGUCCUUCGAGCGCCCGCUGCUGAGCGGGGUGGCGUACGCGCAGCGGGUGAUGCACGCCGACCGGGAGGCCUUCGAGCGGCAGCAGGGCUGGAUCAUCAAGACCAUGAAGCACGAGCCGUCCCCGCCUCAGGACGAGUACGCGCCGGUCAUCUACUCCCAGGAGACGGUGUCCUACAUCGAGGGGCUCGACAUGAUGUCCGGCGAGGAGGACCGGGAGAACAUCCUGAGGUCGAGGGCGACCGGGAAGGCCGUCCUCACCAGGCCAUUCAGGCUCAUGUCGAACCACCUGGGCGUGGUACUGACGUUCCCUGUCUACCUUGUCGACCUCCCCCCGGAUGCCAAGGUGGAGGAUCGUGUCGCUGCUACCGCCGGAUAUCUUGGAGGCGCUUUCGAUGUAGAGUCACUUGUGGAAAAUUUGCUGCGGCAGCUAGCUGGCAAUCAGGAGCUGGUGGUGAAUGUUUAUGAUGUCACAAACCAUUCGAAUCCUCUUGUCAUGUAUGGGUCUGAAGUCCCUCUUGGUGCCCCCUCACCCUCACACACCUGCACGCUUGAUUUUGGUGAUCCAUUCAGAAAUCAUCACAUGAUAUGCAGAUACAGAAGCGAGCCCCAUGUUCCAUGGUCUGCUAUUACUACCCCGUCUGGUGUGUUCGUUAUACUUAUGCUUAUCGGCUACAUAAUAUACGCUGCGUGGAAUCGCUAUGAUAGCGUUAAGGAAGAUUGCCGGAAAAUGGAAGCACUGAAAAAACGGGCAGAAGCCGCUGAUGUUGCUAAGUCUCAGUUCCUUGCAACUGUUUCUCAUGAGAUCAGGACACCCAUGAACGGUGUGCUAGGAAUGCUUGAUAUGCUAUUAGACACAGAGCUGAAGUCAACCCAGAGAGAUUUUGCGCAAACUGCCCAAAUCUGUGGAAAAGCAUUGAUAUCCCUAAUUAACGAAGUGCUUGACAGGGCCAAAAUUGAAGCUGGCAAGUUGGAGCUAGAGUCUGUACCGUUUGACCUUAGGUCCAUCCUUGAUGAGGUCGUCUCUCUAUUUUCUUCGAAGUCAAGAGAGAAGGGAAUUGAGCUUGCGGUAUAUGUCUCUGAAAGAGUUCCUGAAAUCCUGCUGGGCGAUCCUGGAAGGUUCCGUCAGAUAAUUACAAACUUAGUUGGGAACUCAAUUAAGUUCACAGAAAGGGGACACAUUUUUGUGCAAGUUCACCUGGCAGACCACUCAAAUCUAGCAACUGAACCAAAAGUUGAAUCAGUCGCGAAUGGCAUCAAUGGACAUAUAGACGAGACAAGUGUUGUAUCCACAAGCGUGUCGCACAAUACACUAAGUGGUUUUGAGGCUGCUGACAGCAGAAAUAGCUGGGAAAACUUCAAGGCUUUGCUUUCUUAUGACACAAAUGAUAUGGCGUAUGGAAGUGAUUCUGAGAAUGUCACUCUUGUAGUAAGUGUGGAGGAUACAGGGAUAGGUAUACCAAUUCAUGCCCAAGGCCGGGUCUUCAUGCCUUUCAUGCAAGCUGAUAGUUCAACAUCUAGAAAUUAUGGUGGGACUGGAAUUGGGUUGAGUAUCAGCAAAUGUCUUGUUGAACUAAUGAGUGGUCAGAUAAACUUUGUCAGUCGACCCAAUGUUGGGAGCACAUUUACAUUCACCGCAGUUCUGCAAAGGUGUGAGAGAAAUGCUAUUAAUGUCAGCAAGUCUGCUUUGUUGCAUCCUCUGCCAUCCAGUUUUCAAGGUCUAUCCACACUGCUGGUUGAUAAAAGACCAGUAAGAGCAACUGUAACUGAGUAUCAUUUGCAAAGACUUGGCAUUGCCUCGAAAUCUGUACGUACCAUUGAGCAAGCACUCAGUGUUUUGCUUGGGAGAAAUGGCACUUCGCUAACCAGCAUGCCCAGGAAACAACUUUCCAUGUUAUUAGUUGAAAGUGACUCAUGGGGCUUAAAGAUGGACGUCCCCUUGCGUACUAGAUUUUUGGAGAUGAAACAGAACGGGUGUGAAUCGGUGUUCCCUCAAGUUAUUCUCCUUUCAUUGGCUGAUUCAGACAAAAUGAAAGCGGAAUAUGCCGUUGAUUCUGUCAUCACAAAGCCUCUGAAAGCAAGCACACUUGCAGCUUGUCUAUUCCAAUCACUCGGUAUCAGUAUCACACAGGCAAACAAUGAGAAGAAACAUCAUGGCCCAGACUCUCUUUAUGGGUUGCUUCUUGGAAAGAACAUCCUGGUGGUUGAUGACAACAAGGUAAACCUUAGAGUUGCUGCUGGUACACUGAAGAAAUAUGGGGCAAAGGUGGAGUGCGUGGAGAGUGGAAAAGAUGCUCUUGAACUUCUGCAAGUCCCGCACAAAUUUGAUCUCUGUCUAAUGGAUAUUCAGAUGCCAGAGAUGGAUGGGUUUGAGGCGACCCGGCAAAUACGGGCAAUUGAAGCAAAGGCACAUGACCAGAAAGACAAUGCUGAUAAUUCAGAAGCAGGUAGUGCAGCAAAGAAGGCCCAAUGGCAUCUACCGGUCCUGGCAAUGACUGCCGAUGUCAUCCAGGCCACUCAUGAGGAAUGCACAAAGUAUGGAAUGGAUGGCUACGUCUCGAAACCCUUCGAGGAGAAGCAGCUGUUCAAGGCAGUGCAGAAGUUCUUGGGACCUAGCACAUCCAGCUGA